AUGGCAAUCUGGCCAUUUCGGCGGAAAAGCCGUAAGAGGCGUUCUCGCCCCGCCACGACGGAUUUCGAUGGGCAUCGAGAUGCUACCCAAAUAGGCCAAGCUUCGACAGCGGAACAGGCAAAGACUGGGCAGGAUCGAGCGGAUCCUCACAAGCUUCCACGAAGAGCACGCACCUACAGCUUCUCCCCCGGUCGCCACGAUUCGAUUAAACUUGGGCGGAAGAUUAGCGUUGAAGGAAAAUGGAGAGUCACGGGAUUAGCAGCAAACUCUCAAGGGCCCACCAACACUGAACUAGGUCGGAACGUGUUCUUUCGCGUGCCUACUCUUCACAACAAACGCGACGGCGAUGACCUACUACGAAAGAAAUCGAGCAAGAAGAGGCGGAGGGACGAUCGUGCGCGGGAGGCAGAGAUCAAGGCGAUGAGCACAUAUGUGCCUAUUCGAGCAGCAACCGAGGACUGGAUGGCGGGACGCCCCAUGAAGAAGGACAGCAAGAAAAUCAAGAAUGGUCUCGGAUUUCGGGGUCAGAGAUCCUCCGACGUGUCCUUACCCGUACGCGAAUCCCUUAACUCGGCCUUUUCAUCCGACUCCGAACAAAUCUCCUACAAAGUCUCGGCAUUCGAAGCACUCGCUCCUAGGCCAACCCUUCGAUAUUCUACACAUCCGCGACAGGGCUCUUCACAUGGCGAGGUUGACGCAUCAGGGCUUGCCAAGAAACCUUCACAGCGCCAGAAGAGGCUCGUAGAACCCAUACCAGAGGCGACACUGAAGGCACAUAAACGUGUUGACGACCUCGCUAAUGACCUAAGCGCGAGUGAUCUUCGCGAGUUGAUGGAGCGAGAUCGGCGACGGCGCGAACGGAGACAGCAGCGAGAACAGGAAAAGGCGCAAACGAAACUAGCCGAACGGGUGGAAAAGCAGCGCGCUGAUGAGAAUGACGCGCAGAAGGAAGGCAGGGAGUCUCCUCCAAACCUGGAGAGAGGCGUUCUUGGCCGUGAGGCCGUGGGUUUGGGGAUCGACCCUGCGUCUGCGGUGGUAACGUCAUCAAGGAUUCGUAAAUCGGACGAGCUUUCAAGAUCAGCAAGAAAGCGAUCGAGGGAAGAAUUCAACGAAGGAAAAGACGAGGAAAAUAGGCGACCAUACCCACUGAGAUCUUUCCAUCGCACGGAAAGCAUUCCGAUCGAGACUCCCACUUCCCCCCUCGGGCCAGAAGCCCCUGGCUUAGCCAAUUCGCAUUCAAGGGGUUUCUUCUUUAGCACGAAUGGUCGAUCAUCUCGACAAGCCUCCUCGGCCAAGACGGAGCACUCGGAACAGAUGCGGAGAGGGUCGGAGACCAGCGGCUCCAGAGGACCAAUAUCAUGGGCAUCCAUCUUCAGGUGGGGGAACAAGAACAGACGAAGCUCCGGUGGGCCGUCUUCGUUCUCCAACACGUCGCGCGACUCGAUGCAAACGCCACAACUACAGGUGCCAACACCACCAUCCAAUUUCACCCCGCGACGGGUUAGCUCGGGAGUACCGAAGCGCACGAAAUCGCGCUUCCGUGAAGAUCUUCCCGAGCUCCCAAUCACGCCACCGGGAUCCAGGAUACACUUAAACGAGGGUGAUUCGAUUCCCCCCACGAUCGCCGAGGCGUCUCCUAACCCAAACAAUGAUAUCGAUCCUCUAGGAGUAACGACAUCGGAGAAUGGCCCUAGAUACGAGACACCAACGUCAUCAGAACAGAGAUCUGUGGACGCACUCCGUCAUACGCCCUCGUCCUUCGGCCACCCCGAUGAGCGUAAUAUGACCCCUGAACCGCAGACCAUGUCGCUUGCCUCCAUAGAUUCUGAGGCAUCAUGGCUAUCCGGGCGCUUUUCGGCGAAGAGGCGAAAGUCAUCAAGUCUCAUGAGGUCAUCAACACCAUACAGGCAGCUUCCUCGGACAUUAGAGCCGGAUAACGAGAUUCAGGAUGGAUAUUCGCCCGAGCAUGAACACCUAAAUGAGGAAUCAUCCAUCGUGGAUGAUGAUUAUCUAUCCCGUGUUGCACGUCCUAGUGGAGAACGUCCUGGAUGGAACCGGCAAUCCAGUGGGGAGGCUCGCGCAUCAAGUGAUUGGGAAGAGGAACCUCAUUGGGGAUCUGUCAGGGAAGGGCAACCCGUUGUCAUUCACGGUCAUCCUGCCAAUGUCCGAACGAAAAGCUUUGAAGGUUAUCUCAAUUUCUUGGGCGAUACGCAUACUCCCGAGGCAAGCCCCGAACACUCGGACACCUUGGGGGAUGUGAAAUACGAGGAGAUUCGGCGAGCGACCAGCGUGAAUCUGGGCAAGGGACACGCACGACACAUUAGCGCCGGCAGCGCUCGGCUACUGUCCCUGUCCCCGCGUUCUUCCACCGAUAAACGGAGGAGUCUACCACCGAAACUCCUGGAUGACUCGGCAGCGCAAGCAGCUGGAGUCGAGAAGCAGUGAGUGGGCGAUAUGUAGUGGUUAUGACUGGCUGAUCCCGCGAGAUACCCCACCCUCGUUUCGAUUUGUUUUGUCUUGUUCAUAACAUUUUGUGAAGGCGCCAUUUUCUAACUUACCGAUUACCAUUCACUCGUUGGAGGCGCUUUUCCUUUGUUCUUCGCACCACACUACACCACAUUACAAAAAAUACCCCAUCACCUUUCUG